UAUACCUUACAGUURAAAGUGAAAACUUUGCAGCUCAGUCUUGGGAUUUCGUAGACCCGAAAUAUGUAGUUAUCCGGGUACAGGCACGAGAGAGCAAGAGAAAAGCCGUUCAAGCCAUGGAUCGCCUAAUGAAGAUAAUGUUCUUGGUACUGAUAGCUGCUAAGCAUAACCUUGGGGAAGAAAGUGACGUCUUCGAAGUGCGGAUUUUCACAAAUGAAAUUCACAAUAAAAGUGCAGAUGCUUCUAUUCUGGUCAAGAUAUAUGGUAGCCUCGGAGAAACUGUGAGUUCUGCCAUUCCAUCCACCUCUAGUUGGCCUGAACCUACAUCUCAUUUUGGGGAAAUUGGACUAGAUGUAUAUAACGUGACAGUCACACCAGCCAUUGGCUCCCCUACCAAGAUACUUGUCACCCAACGAGAUMUCCUCAAGCAAACGAGCUGGAAUUUGAACAAGGUGUUAAUCAUCGACUCGAAGGCAGUUUAUUACGAGUUUCUGGUUAACCAAUGGCUGAAUUCUUCAAGCACUCCAACAGUCGAGGUUUCACAGGAAGCGAUUCUCUCUCGCACGUAUGGAGGCCCUAAUUCCGUUCAGUCAAGAGGUUGUAUUGGUAAUGGAUCCAAAGUCUGGUACCGACAUAUUCUUAGCAACGUAUACAAGCCUGCCAUAGUAACAAGUUUCUACGCCAGCAAUGCUACUCUAAUAACAUCCAGCGGUAAUAUCGUCACAGUCCCUCGUGARCAACAUUACGACGGUAGUUCCAGUCCUCUAGUUGUUAAUGAUGAUUGGYUGGAAUUAACAAUGGCAUUAGAUAAUGAUUUUAUUGCGGCAUUCAAUCGAUCAAGAGAGUUCUAUUUUGGAACAUCUACAUAUGUUUCCAGCGAGUCUUUGACAACGUUGAUGUCAAACCAGAAGUAUACUUGGCAGCACUUCAUGUUUAACAUCCACUAUACCGACAGCAAACACGAGAACCAUGUUAGAGGUGGAAACAUCAGAAAAGUAAAUCAGAUGUCCACUUCUUUUUGUAGUCAUCUGGACAUUGACGAUCAAGACUAUCCUCAAACUGCCCUCUUUACCUGUCAAGACUCAGAUCAGAAAAUUGAAGGUCACGUGAUUACCAAUCUAGCCACCCGCGAUGUAAGGCACUGCGGUAUGGUUUGUUCCAGACAUGCGCAGUGCGUUUCGUUCAAUUAUUGUGACUCAUCAAAUAUGUCGUGCAAUUCCUUUCCGUCAAACUGUGAGCUGAACAGUUCUAAGUAUGGGCAGAAAAGCAAAAGAGGAGAAAGUUUUAAAUUCUGUGUUCUUCUUAGAAAAUUUUAGCUAGUGGUUCUCAUCUUUGAGUAAUAUAAUAACUAUGAUAACAUGAUGACCAUGAUACGAUAACACCUACAGUCGACUCUCCCGUAAGCGACCACCCCGGGGCCAGGAGAAAGUGGUCGCUUACAGGAGAUGGUCGCUUACUAGAAAGUUAACACAGGAAGCCCAAACAAUGGGAAUCCCAAAACAGGAAGCCUAACCCAUUUAUAAUUUGUACCUCACGUGUUUAUAAAACUAACGAUUUAACUGUUUGAAUUAACGAUUAAACUAUUUUAAUCA